CACUGCCGAUCUUUCACUUUUUUCGUCUCUAAAAUUUCUAGAAACGUCAGCGCAAGCUGCCACCAGCUCUCGGUUGUUUGCCUGUUUCUCUCUUCGCUGAUCGUCCGUCGCUCUUCUCUCUCCACAGAAAUUUGUUCCGCACAUUCGCUGUCAAGUUGUCUUUCCAGAAAGUCGCGUGGUGGAAGUCAAGUUCCCGUUCCUCAUAAUCGGACAGAGAUUUUCCGGUUCAGUGAAAAGUUAUAAGAAACCGUUUCCCCCUUGCGGAUCAUCAAUUUCAUUUGCUGAAAAGCUUGUGUUCAUAGAAUAUCUUCAAUCUUCCUCAAAAAAAUGGCCUCCAAGCGUUUGAUUCCUCUGUUGGACCGUGUGCUGGUUCAGCGAGCGGAAGCCCUCACGAAGACCAAGGGCGGAAUUGUGUUGCCGGAGAAGGCCCAAUCCAAGGUGCUGGAAGGUACGAUCGUGGCGGUCGGACCCGGUGCCCGCAACAGCCAAACUGGCCAGCACGUUCCAUUGGCCGUGACGGUCGGCGAAAAAGUCCUGCUGCCCGAAUACGGCGGCACCAAGGUCGAUCUGGGAGACACCAAGGAGUACCAUUUGUUCCGCGAGGCGGACAUUCUUGCCAAAAUCGAAUAGAACCGGGAGUGCGGUGAUGACCGUGGUCGUCCAAGGAAGAAGGCGAAUUUCAUCCGAGUACGACAUCCGACGAGGAAGGGAGAACUGGUCGAGGUACGACUUUGAAGCUUUUUAAUUGUGUAACUCUAGAACUUAAGGGCGAGGGAGGGCGUCUUUUUGUUUUCAAAAGACCUCCUAGAAUAGAAUUGUUCGGUAAUCGUUCCGUGUGUGAUUGAGGAUUAGGUUGAAUGAGUUAAUCCCCUCGGCACAUGAUCACAUAAAGCAUUUGCAUUUAAAUCGAUUGAGCUGCUGUGAUGUGUUGUUGCCGUUCCUAUCUCCUAUAAGUUUUCAAUCGUGUGGAUCACCAAAGAUUGGCUGGCCAAACUUUGCUGCUCCUUCCAUGAUUGAACUUUUCCUCUGUAAAUCUUAUGGAGGAGACUUCCGGAGAUCCAGAACUUCUUCUGUAUAGGUGUCGAUUACUUGCUAGGUUACCGAUACACACUUGAACGGACUGGUUUCCCGUCUCGAAGAUAGGUUUCCGGGGAAAGAUUGCGCGAAAGAGAGGAGAUUGAACAUCGACUAAAUUAGGGCUAGAAGUACGAUUCUAUUAGUUUAUUUUCUGUUAAAUAAAAACUAAACCAAAAUUAA